UGUAGAAAUAAUUGUAUGCUCUUCCUGCCAUAAACAAGAAUAAUGUAACACUUUAAUGUUGCAAAAUUCUUUAAUUUUUUACUGAUUUAGAAAGAUGCAUAGAAAACAUAACUUUUUCUCUCUGCUAGAUUAUACUUUCAUAUAGUUGCUAAACAUGCUAGUUAUUUUUAAGGCCCAGGUAAAUUUUAAUACGUUUUGGAAUCGUUUUACGAGAAAAUGACUGAAAAUAGCAUCAUGAUUUCUAAGUCACAACUCAGCAUAAGUGAGAAUUUGAUCAAUCUUGACACAGCAAAGCCUUAGGGCUCCUUUUCCUUUAUCUGAUGUUCUUGUUGAGAUUAACUAAAUGAGCCAAUUAUCAUUUUCUUCUUAAAUGAACAAGCAUCUAUUGAAAUGAACUGAGAACAUCUUUGACUCCAGAUCCCGUUCCAUGCCAGAUUUUAUUAAAUAUGUUAUGUCUUCUUGCAUCCCAUUCUUCGUCUGGUUCUCUAUAACACAAACUAUAACCCAGGACUGUGCAUCUCUCCCUACAAAUUAGCAUCACAUCGCUACCCUGGAUGGAGAAAUGCAGCCUUUGUGACCUAUGACUGGCUGUGAAUGACAAAUCAAAAGUCAGCAUUUUAGAAAUCAGCUGGGUUUUUCUUUUUCCCCCCCAACUGAACUGCAGCAAGGAGAGGAAAGGGAGCAUGAAAAAGUCAGAAAAUAAAGUUGUAUCUUCAACACCAAAUUUCCAAAGUGUGAGCAACUCUUUCUACCCUGUUUCUUCAAAGUCCAAGUAAUCCCUCCUUAGAGUGUCACAAGGGGAAAAACAACCACCAUUGCCUGCUCGAUUCCAAUCUUAAGAUUUUUGAGUGGGAUGGAUUCUACCCACUUCCUGCCUGUGCCUGCUGCCUUUCUUUAACCUUGGAAUGUUGAAUGCCUUGAAUCGGGAUGAAGAUGAUCUGCAGGGGGCCAUGCCGCUUUGCAUGCUGCUUGAUCUCGCUCCGUUCUAAGUCGCUAGAAGUAGCGGGAUGGUGUGGAAGCCAAGCGGUAGAGAAGCGUGCGCAGGCACGCUGGAGGCCUUCUUACAUUGCUUCCGGGCAUCGCUUCCUGAAAGCAGUAGGCAUUAAGAGACUAAAGGGUCGGACUUCAGUAUCUGUAGCAGCCGGCAAGGUGUGCCUCCCAAGGCUGCUCCAAUAGCUGCCAGGCAGAGGCGGGGACGGGAGACGAGAGGCGGGGAGGUCGCUUGCCUCCACCGCCUGCGCUCACACCCAGUCAGCUAGCAAGUAAGGCCCUGCUGGGGCUGCAGCCCCGCUCUGGGUGUGUGGCUGCUUCCGCCUCUAGGGGAAGGUGAGCUGUUUGCGAUUCUCCCGCCUUUUAUGUCCGCGGUGACACACUCUCUGUCUCACUCGCCCAUGAGUCUCCUCGGGAGCUACCGGAAAAAGACCAACAAUGAUGGCUAUGAAUCUUUGCAGCUGGUGGACAGCAACGGUGACUUCUGCAGCAGCCGGGAGCGAACCGGCGGCGGCGGCGGCGGCGGAGGCAACCUCGGCAAACAAGGGGUGAUCCCCGCGGUGGUAGCAGCAGCCAGGAGCCCAGCGCGACAGCAUCAGCAUCAGCCGCUCGACUGCAGCACCAUGGACAGCUCAGGUGCCUCAUCUCCUGACAUGGAGUCUAGCUAUGGGGGAGGACUAUUGGACAUGAUGAAAGGUGGUGCAGGGAGACUCUUCAGCAACUUAAAGGAUAACUUGAAAGACACUCUAAAAGAUACUUCUACUAAAGUGAUGCAAUCUGUUGCAAGCUAUACCAAGGGAGAACUAGAUAUUUCUUACAUUACCUCAAGAAUUAUUGUGAUGUCAUUUCCGGGUGAAGGAGUCGAACUGGGAUUUAGGAAUCAUAUUGACGAUGUGCGGACAUUUCUUGAUUCAAGGCAUCCUGAUCAUUACACAGUUUUCAAUUUGUCACCAAAGUCUUAUCGUACUGCACGGUUUCAUAAUAGGGUAUCUGAAUGUAGUUGGCCAAUUAGACAAGCACCAAGUCUCCACAAUCUCUAUGCUGUUUGUAAGAAUAUGCAUAACUGGUUGCAGCAGAAUCCAAAAAAUGUUUGUGUCAUUCACUGUAUGGAUGGCCGUGUGGCGUCAGCAGUCUUGGUCAGUGCAAUGUUCUGUUUCUGUCAUCUCUUCUCUAAUCCAGCUUCUGCUGUUCAAUUGCUAAAUUCAAAGAGACCUGGGGUAGUACUCUGGCCAUCCCACAGAAGGUAUUUAGGAUAUGUUUGUGAUCUAAUAGCAGACAAACCUGUCCAGCCUCACUGCAAGCCUAUAACCAUCAAAUCAGUCCUUCUUAGCCCAGUGCCCUGUUUCAACAAGCAGAGAAAUGGCUGCCGGCCUUUCUGUGACAUCCUUAUUGGAGAAACUAGAAUAUUUACAACAUCACUGGAAUAUGAAAGAAUGAAGGAAUUCCGUGUUCAAGAAGGAAAAGUUGUUAUUCCACUAGGAGUCACUGUCCAUGAUGAUGUAGUUGUUUCUGUCUACCAUAUGCGAUCCACUAUUGGGGGACGGCUUCAAGCUAAAAUGACAAAUACACAAAUGUUCCAGAUUCAGUUUCACACUGGAUUCGUACCUCUGGGAUCAACAACAUUAAAAUUUACUAAGCCUGAGCUGGAUGCAUGUGAUUCACCAGAAAAAUAUCCCCAACUCUUCCAUAUCAUUGUGGAAAUUGAAGUAGAUUCUACUGAUAGGCAGACUGACUUAACUCCUCCAUGGGAGAAUUUCAGCACAAAAGACAUCAACCCAAGCAUUCUUUUCUCAUCGCAUCAGGAGCAUCAAGACACCCUUGCUCUGGCAGGUAGAAGUUCUGUAGAUGCAGUGCAAGAUAACCUAAAGAAUGUUGGCCAGGGUGCAUUCUUGUCAUCUCUCAGCUGGCAAGAUCAAAAGGCAGAAAGAACCAGUUCUCACCCCAGCUCUGAGGACAGGGCAGCACUGGUCCAUGAAGAAAGCGAGCAAUCUGAUGAUGAACUCUUAUCCCUCUCCAGUCAGCACAGUGGCACUAGCACUGACAAAAUUCACGGCACUUCAAAGCACAGCAAAAAGCAGCAAGAGCAGCCAGGCCCACCUCCACAAGAGGAUGCAGAUCUUCUAGGUUUGGACGGCACUCCUAUGAACUAUCCAGCAGCCCCCACUGCACCACCAUCUAACUCAGACUUGCUGAGUGACAUUUUUGGGGUUGGAAAUUCUGGAGGAUUAAGUCAAGGCAGUCAGGGAGCUGUUGAAGAUGUCUUUCAGAUGGGUGGAACUGGUUCGGCACAGUCAACUCCACGGCGGCCUGCAACUUCAGCAUCCCCAUCAUUGUCCCCAAGAAUAGGAGAAGCAUCUGCCUUUGACCCAUUUGGGGGUAGUCCUAAGAAACCUGUCCCAGAUCUUUUAGGCUCUUUCCUUUCAUCAAAUGCCAAAAGUGAUCCUUUUCUUCAAGCAACAAGAAGUCCUUCACCUACAGUGCAAGGGGAUCCUUUUAACAUGGGUCCUUCGAAUACACCAACAGUUUCCAUUCAGCCAGAUAUUUCAGGAGACUGGGAAUGGCCUAGUAAAUCAGGUAUGGUGAGCAAAUCAGCUGCUUCCAGCCCUACAGGAUCACUGCACAAUACCCCCACACAUCAAGCCAAACCACAAACUCUGGAUCCUUUUGCUGACUUGGGAGCUCUUGGUGCAAAUCUAGCAGGUUGUCCUUCUUUUGCCAGCAAACCCACUACACCUACAGGAAUGGGAGGGGUUUUUCCUCCUAUGGGAUCACCACAGAAACCAUCUCCCCAGCCAAUGGGAGGUGGCAGCUGGCCACAGGGCCCUGGAUUCCCUAGGCCUCAAACCCAGACUAAACCUCAACAAAGCAUGCCUCAUUCUUCUCCGCAAAAUAGGCCGAAUUAUAAUGUGAGUUUUUCUGCAAUGCCUGCUGGUCAAAAUGACCGUGGAAAAGGAUCGGGCAGUUCUGAUUCUAAGCCCAAACUGUCUGCUGAUUUUGAGGAUCUCUUAUCUGGUCAAGGUUUUAAUGCUCAUAGAGACAAAAAGGGUCCCAGAACAAUAGCAGAGAUGCGAAAAGAAGAAAUGGCCAAAGAAAUGGAUCCUGAAAAAUUAAAAAUCCUUGAAUGGAUUGAAGGGAAGGAGAGAAAUAUAAGAGCACUGUUAUCUACCAUGCAUACAGUGCUAUGGGAAGGAGAAACGAAAUGGAAACCUGUAAGCAUGGCUGAUCUUGUAACUCCAGAACAAGUGAAAAAGGUUUAUCGGAGAGCAGUACUUGUUGUUCAUCCUGAUAAAGCUACUGGACAGCCAUAUGAACAAUAUGCAAAGAUGAUUUUUAUGGAGCUCAAUGAUGCCUGGUCAGAAUUUGAAAACCAGGGCCAGAAGCCUUUGUAUUAGCAUUCCUCCUCAGACGUUGCUGUAGAUCUGUGCUAGUGCUUGUAUUGUUCCUUGCCACAUGAUUUUCACAGCUGAACUGAUGUCUGGCUGGAGAUGUAAAAGUAUUAAUACUAGCCCAAUUAAAAAAAAAAACUCUUCAUGGACAGGAACAAAAGAGAAGGCUGAUCUUCAUGAAUUACAGAUGCAAAAAGAAAGGAGUUCUUGGGACUGAUUUAUAAUGUUCUUUCAGAUUUAAAUAGGCAUUCUAUUACACUAGGAUUGUUUGCCUUGGAACAAGUGAGAUAAAACUGUCUCUUUGCCUUUAGCAAAAGGGACUCUGUACCACUUUGGAUGUGGCUUGAUUUUGAAGUUUGAAUCCAGAACUAACUCAAACUACGGUACAUCUUCAUUCAUAUGUAGUUAUUUAAAACACUCUCUUUCUUAUCCCAAUUGGCCCUUAAAUUGUUUGUUUUAUUAUGUUUUGAAUAUGUCAGAUAAAUAACGGGAUUAUAUUGCUGGUAACUUUUUGCAGCCUUAAGCAUAGUAUUGCAUUUCAAGUUUGAGAUUUAAGCAGACAUUCUUCACAAUAGUUGAAUUGGGAGUUGCAUCUUUAAAUAAUCUGUUAUGUUAAAUCAGAAACCUCUUGGAGAUGAUAUCAAAAUCAGUAGCAUGCUGUGUUGACUGUUCUGCACUAAUAGAAACUGAGGGUGUGGUUAUAGUGCAAGCUUUUAAAAUUCUCCAUUGAGAUAUAUUAUCUUCUUACAUACAGGUGAAUCCUUGACUUUUCCUUAAAUUAUGUUCUUCCAAAAUUUUAAUCGAGUUCAAUCAAGCAUAAGCUUCCCAGAUCAUUUUUUAAUACAACUUGAGUGGAACAUAGGCUCAGCUAUUAAGUCUCUGGAAAUAAUUUAUUUUGUAACUUAUUCAAAUGAUGGAAUCUUACCUACAAUAGAUAUAUUGGCUCAAAAAGCAAUAAAAUACAAACGUCUGUAUGGUACCUAUGAAGAUAAGUGUUAUUUUCACCUUCUUACAAGACUAACUUUACAUAGUACUCUUUCCGCAGAGACACACGUAAUGGCGAUUUUAUUUUGGGGUAUUUCCUGAAUGAAAUCCAGUCACAGGCAAUUAUGCAUUAUUUUUCCUCCUAAAUAACUGUCAUUAAGUCAGCUUAAGUCAGGAACAACCGUGUAAACCCGGACUGAGUAUUAUUGAUCCUGAAGUGACAUUUGAAAAUUGUAUUUCUCAUUUAUUGAAUGUAUGGUAGAACUGCAGUCCUGUCACACACUAGAAUCUAUUAUACAGCCUAUCUCCUCAGAAAGCUAUUCAGAGAUAGGUCUAAAAACACUGGGUGGAGGAAAAUUGUCUGUAUUUUCACUAGGAGGCUAGUGGAUCGGCAGAAGUUUUCACUCUUUCUUAAAGGGAGGAAUUUCAAGGUAAUGUGAAAAUCUUUGUCUAUUUAGUGUUUUUAAGACAAUCUGUUUUUCUGUUCUGAUUUUCUAGUGAGAAACCCUUUUCUGCAGACACAGCAUGUCAACCAGCCUACAUUUAUUUUUAUAUUACAUGCCACCUUUUUGUUGUAUCGAUCCAUUAUUUAUUGCCAUUUACUGCCAAUGUGAAUCAAAAACAUCAUGUUCUCCUUUUUUUUGUAUAUACAAGACAUUAAGAUGUUUGAAAAGUAUAACAAACUGGAUGUUAUUUAUUAACAUAUUAUGAAAUGUUUUGAUCAAGUAUGUGCUUGUCUAUUAAAAACAUUUUGGAAUGUGAAUUAUGUUCCUGUGAAUGGUUUUACUCCUUUAUUUCCACCUGUAGAUGUUUACGAUGCUGUAUAUAAAUAGAUUUAAUUAAUAUAGCAAACAUUUUUUGAGAUUAUACCAAUGAUUAGCUUAGUGUAUCAAAUUUAUUAUUUUUAUAAGUCCAGCUAACUCAAGUUUAUGUGAAACACAAAGCAAUCCUUACGUUUCAUCUAAUUCAGCAUCAUGAAAAAUUAAUCCAGCUUUAACACCUCCUCUAACUGCUGUGUUUUAUGCAUGAAAAUGAGACUUGCUAUGCGAUCAAAAUGAUGGAGACCAGGAAAAGUUUCCUCUUUUGUCUUUUUGAUGCUAUCAGGAAAUAACACUUUUAUUCAGGUGUAUCAAGAGUUCUUUUUCUUCUUUUUGUAAAUCUGCAGU